GCUUAACAAGAAGAAUUUAUUUCUCCAAGUAGCUCCCCACAAAGGACAUCUUAUUAAAUAAAAACAAUGUAAUUUUACAUGGGAAAAAUCACAUAAAUCUUCAUAAUCAAGUUAUCUAACACUACCAAUAAUGGGAGAAAUAAAAUUUUGAGACAUUCUGACAAGAUAGUGAGAAUAUAAUGCCAUUUGAUACAUGUCUGUCAAAUGUACACACCAAAAUUGAGUCAUGAAGAAUCUUCAGUCAAAUAAAAAUAGGAAGGAAUCUAUAACAUAACUGGCCUGUAUUCUAUACAAGCUUAAGACCUUGAAAUAUAGGAAAAUCUGGGAAAACAUUCCUCAUUAAGGAAGUCUAAAACACUAUUGUGCUAAAAAGAUAAAAAAAAAAUAACUCCUUACUAGAACCUUCUACUGGGAAGUCUUACUGAUAAUUGGAAAAAACGGAACCUGACAUUUGUGGACUAGACAUUGAUAAUGUGUUGACAGUAACUUCCUGGUUUCUAAGGUUGUUCUUAUAAAAGAAAGCAUCCCAUCUAUGAAAAAAUACACACUAGUUUUGGGAGGUCAUGGGAGAAGUCAACUUACUUCCAAACUAUCGAGAAAAAACAUUUUUUGUACUACACGUUUAAUUCCUUGUAACUUUGAGAUCAUUUUCAAAUUAAGCAAAGUCAUCUUUACAUAAAACAUUUUUCAUCACUUAAAACUCUUCUUCAGCUUCCCAUUGGAAAAGGGAGUGUGUUUUUAAUUUAUUUUUAAAGAUUCAUUUAUUUUUAUGUGCACAGGUGUUCUGCCUACUUGUCUGUGAAAGAGUAGUGCUAGAUCCUCUGGAACUGCAGUUACAGACAGUUGUGGGCUGCCAUGUAGGUGUUAGGAAUUGAACUCAGGGAAGAACAGCCAGUAAUCUUAACCACUGAGCCAUACAAGGUCUUAAAAUGAGCUUUAAGCCGAGGGAUGGUCCUGUCUACUUUUUGGUUUGCUGCGGCCUGUGUUCUUUUUGUUUGUUUGUUUGUUUUUUUGUUUCACUAUGUAUUUUUCCUUCCUAAUUACAGAUAGUUUUGAAUAACUAACAACAGGUUGAUGUCCUUCCAUUAUCCAAUUUCUUGAGGGCAGUUAGUGUUGGUAUCAGGAAUUACUUUCACCUCCAGCAGCCACACCAUUUGGUAACUGUUGCCAUAGCAACAGCCAUACAUCCCCAGUAUUCCUUUGGCUUAACUCUCCAACCUGGGAGCAGUUACAUCUUAUUCCAAAUAAAAGGCAGACAUCUUCUGCCCUUUCUUUCUUUUCUUUUCUCUUCUUUCUCUCAUCCUUCCCCUUGUAUCAUUCUCCCAUUAAAUCUCUCCAUGUGGAACAGUGUUGGCUUGGUGUGCUUUAUCCGAGCGCAGGUCGAUAUUUAAACAACAGUUAGUCUUUGCUCACGUUACCCACCAGGAUGUAUCCCAGGGAAGAGAAAAUGGUUUGCAUAGUGUUUUCAAUUACUUGCCGCAUGCUGCCUGUGUCUGUGUUCUCCCUGCUCUCCCUUUCCUAAGCAUGUCUUCUUUGUGUCCUCCCUUCAGGGGUUGCAAAUGAUGUAAGACGGAGCUGCAGUUCCUCACAAUAAAGCUUUAAGAAGCUUCCCUAUCAUCUAAAAGAUAAAGUCGAAGUGUAUUCACAAUAGUAGCAAAAAAUUACCAUUGGCUUCCACUUGAUUCUUCAGUUCUGUUUUGCUUUUAGAUUUAUUCUGAGCAAUUUUGGUUCCCUGUGCCAUAGUGAACGAGGCUGCUUAAGUGUCAAUCUCAUUUUCCUCAAUAUUUAGUUGCCCAUUUAUUUAUCCAUUUUGAAAUCUGUACAGUAAUCAGCAGUCUCUCCGGAGAGUAUUUGUAGGACUGAGUUAAGGCAUGUGUACUUCGGCCAGUUCCUGGUACAGGUUAACAGCUGCUACUUCAGGCUGUUUGAUAUUUUUGCCUUUGUUCGUUAUACUUCCGUUUCUUACAAUAUGUUGAUUUAGCAACCGGUCCUACAGCCAUAAAAUUAUUAACUGAUAUCUGGUUUAGUACCCAAAGACUCAUUACCAGUCUCUAUGUAUUUUAAAUUACGACCAUCAGGUUCCCUCGUUUCCUCUUCCAGGGACUUUUAAUUGUGUCUACUUCAAUGGUCAAAGUGUCAUGACUCAAAAAAAAAAAAAUGCAGCUUCUGUAUCAAAUUCAGUAAAGGAGAGGAGAAAUGAUUAGAAGGCGGAUUCACAAGCCCAGAAAUCCUGUAGAACGCUUCAUGUUUGUUGAUACGCAGAAGCUGUAAAUAAUUUUAUUUCUAGGAAGGUUUUAUUAUUAUUCUGUCCAGUCCCUUGCAAACGGGGUCAAUUCAGGCGAGUUCUCCACUUUCUGCCAAAUCUGCCCUUUCAAGGAUACCCACCCUUUAACCAAACCUCUGGAGAGGACUCGCAAACCGGAUCUCUCCACCCGGGUUUUCCCGUCGCCCUGGCAACGGGACCGGAAAGGGCGGGCUUCACACCCCUUCUUCCGCCAGCGGUUGACGACGGCCGCAAAAUGUCUGUGGGCCGCGCUGCGGGAUUCUUUUCUAUCUCUGGCUAGGAGCGGGACCGGCAGCCGCACAGAAGGCCACGUCAGCCUAAGCGGUCCCACCCGUCCCACCCGGCUGGCCGCUGUCUGGCCUUUUCCUAGCCCCCUCCCGCCUUUCCCACAAUGCCCCGCGUCAGGCCCCGCCCACCGGCGCGACGGGAGCGGCAGAAUUGCAGCUGCGCGCGUUCGCAGUAGGCGUCCGGUCCUGCCGGCUCCGGGGCUAGGCGGCCUAAGGAUGGGACAGUAGCUGAAGACGCCGAGGUUAACAUUUCUGAGCUGUGUUCUGAGAUGCUUGAUUGACCCUUGAAGUAAUGUGGACAGAGAUUCUCACGUGUGUUUAUUAUAACCACCGGACCCAGCCUUGUAUCUUAAUGUUCACAUAAGUCAGAGCUUGCAUAAGAGAAGAGAAUGGGAGUCUGGUUAAACAGAGAUGAAUUUAUCAGAGACGUGAAGCGGAUAAGUCUCUGUCUUCUAGUACUGUAUGUGGUUAUCGUGGUGGGCACGGAUCAGAAUUUUUACAGUUUACUUGGAGUGUCUAAAACUGCAAGCAGCAGAGAAAUAAGACAAGCCUUUAAGAAAUUAGCACUGAAGUUACAUCCUGAUAAAAACCCGAAUAACCCAAAUGCACAUGGUGAUUUUUUAAAAAUAAAUAGAGCAUAUGAAGUACUCAAAGAUGAAGAUCUGCGGAAAAAGUAUGACAAAUACGGAGAAAAGGGCCUGGAAGAUAAUCAGGGAGGCCAGUACGAGAGCUGGAGCUACUACCGCUACGACUUCGGUAUUUACGAUGAUGAUCCUGAGAUCAUAACAUUAGAAAGAAGAGAAUUUGAUGCUGCUGUCAACUCGGGAGAACUGUGGUUUGUAAACUUUUACUCCCCGGGAUGUUCGCAUUGCCAUGAUUUAGCCCCCACUUGGAGAGAAUUUGCUAAAGAAGUGGAUGGAUUGCUUCGAAUCGGAGCUGUCAACUGUGGUGAUGACCGGAUGCUUUGCCGAAUGAAAGGAGUCAACAGUUACCCCAGCCUCUUCAUCUUUAGGUCUGGAAUGGCUGCAGUGAAGUACAACGGGGAUAGGUCAAAGGAGAGCUUAGUGAGCUUCGCCAUGCAGCACGUCAGGACCACAGUGACAGAGCUGUCAACAGGAAAUUUUGUUAAUGCCAUAGAAACUGCCUUUGCUGCUGGUAUUGGCUGGCUGAUCACAUUCUGUUUUAAAGGAGAAGAUUGUUUGACACCACAGACACGACUCCGGCUUAGUGGCAUGUUGGAUGGCCUUGUUAACGUGGGAUGGGUGGACUGUGACACACAGGACAGCCUCUGCAAGAGCCUGGACGCCACAGCCAGCACUACUGCCUAUUUCCCUCCUGGAGCCACUUUGAAUAACAAAGAAAAAUCCAGUGUUUUGUUUCUUAAUUCUCUGGAUGCUAAGGAAAUAUACAUGGAAAUCAUACAUAAUCUUCCAGACUUUGAACUUCUUUCAGCAAAUAAACUAGAGGAUCGUUUGGCACAUCAUCGCUGGCUUGUAUUUUUUCAUUUUGGAAAAAAUGAAAAUGCAAAUGAUCCUGAAUUGAAAAAACUGAAAACUCUACUUAAAAAUGAACAUAUUCAAGUUGGAAGGUUUGACUGCUCUUCUGCACCAGGCAUCUGCUCUGAUCUUUAUGUUUUCCAGUCUUGUCUAGCAGUGUUUAAAGGACAAGGAACCAAAGAAUAUGAAAUUCAUCACGGAAAGAAGAUUCUAUACGAUAUACUUGCUUUUGCCAAAGAAAGUGUUAAUUCGCACGUUACCACACUUGGACCUCAGAACUUCCCUGCAAGUGACAAAGAACCGUGGCUUGUUGACUUCUUUGCCCCUUGGUGUCCGCCAUGCCGUGCGCUUUUGCCAGAGUUACGGAAAGCAUCAACACUGCUCUAUGGUCAGCUCAAAGUUGGUACCCUAGACUGCACAAUUCAUGAAGGACUCUGCAACAUGUAUAACAUCCAAGCUUAUCCAACAACAGUGGUGUUCAACCAGUCCAGUGUUCAUGAGUAUGAAGGACAUCAUUCUGCGGAACAGAUCCUGGAGUUCAUAGAGGAUCUCAGAAACCCUUCCGUGGUCUCUCUUACACCCACCACUUUCAAUGAACUAGUUAAACAGAGAAAACAUGACGAAGUCUGGAUGGUUGAUUUCUAUUCUCCAUGGUGUCAUCCCUGUCAGGUCUUAAUGCCAGAGUGGAAACGCAUGGCCCGGACGUUAACUGGAUUGAUCAAUGUAGGCAGUGUGGACUGCCAACAGUAUCAUUCUUUUUGUACUCAAGAAAAUGUCCAGAGAUACCCUGAGAUAAGAUUUUAUCCCCAAAAGUCAAGUAGAGCUUAUCAGUAUCAUAGUUACAAUGGCUGGAAUAGGGAUGCUUAUUCCCUGAGAAGCUGGGGUCUCGGGUUUUUACCCCAAGCAUCCAUAGAUUUAACACCUCAGACAUUCAACGAAAAAGUUCUACAAGGGAAAACUCACUGGGUGAUUGAUUUCUAUGCUCCUUGGUGUGGACCUUGCCAGAAUUUUGCUCCCGAGUUUGAACUCUUGGCUAGGAUGAUCAAAGGGAAAGUAAAAGCUGGGAAAGUGGACUGUCAGGCUUACCCCCAAACGUGCCAGAAAGCUGGCAUCAGAGCCUACCCCAGUGUCAAACUGUACCUCUAUGAAAGAGCAAAGGAUGAGCUCUGAUGAUAUUGAAGAAAAAAGAAUUAUAAGGAAAAGAAUCUGGAAAAUGGCAUCAGAGGAUCCCUUUCCCAAGUCAAGCUGCUCUUGAGGAAGCAGGUGCACAUGACCUGGGACAGGAGACACCUGUGCAGUGCUGCACCUGCAGAUGCUUCCUGUGGAGAGCCAGGUGGCCAGUGGGACUGGCGUCCACAUAGGGUUCUUUGUUGUGUCUUUGUUGUUGUUGUUGUUAAUCCUUUUAGAAAUACAAACAUCAGUCUUAGCUCAGGGCCAUAUAGAAAUGUUCCACAGGCCAAGGGCAGCCCAGGGACUAGUUUGCUGACCACAGAACUGAUGUUUGGACACCUGGCCCUGCAUGUGGGUCUGUCUUCAUACUGUACAAAGUGGACUUGGGUUUUUACUUGUAAUUUUGCGAUAGGCCUGAAAACAAGUGACUUGGUUUUCAGUCACCCCUUCUAAGAAUUCUGUCUAUGACCAUGUAUUUUAUUUUGACUAUUUUCACAAAUGGGAAAAUAAAAAUGUACCCAGUUUUCCUACUAUGUACUACUGUAUAGACAGGUUUUCUUGUAAGAGUUGAAGAGCUAUUCUUAAUUUAUCACCACAGUAAGUGUAAAAAUCCUGUAAACUGCGGUCCCAAGAACAAGGUAAGAAGUAUUUACAGCAGUUAGUGGGCUGUGUGGAUGUCACAGGGCUGACCCCUGAGCCCUAAGCUUAGAGUGCACACCUUCAUGUCUUUGCUUUCAUAAGUGUCCCUGCUAAUGGUGUCAUUUGUGUUGUUUGACGUGUCUUCCUGAUAUUGACGGAUUUCCCUUCAGGGUUCUUCGUUUGGAUCACUCACACUGAUUUUUUUCCCCCUGUAGCUAUGGUUUUUUUCUUUGUCCAAUGUUCACUAUUCCAAUAGGAACGGUAAUUAGAUUUAUUUUAAAUGGCUCAUGAUGAUGCUGUUACUCAGUUACUGUCUUUUUCAGUAAAGCAUUGCCAGAACAACUACAGUUAUUUUUACUAAAAUCAAGCACAUGAUGGACUCUUCCCAUUUCUCAGUUGUUUGGACUUAAAGGGUCAUAGGUUUCUCCUUCAACUCCAAAAGCAGAGUGACCUCUGGUUCAGUUCUCUCCCCCAGUGUGUGGGAUGAUCAGAGGAUGCCAGUGAAUAAAAUCAAAUUAUUUUUUCUAAAACUCUUUUGAAGAUGAUUGUUGUGUUUACCUGCUCCCUAGUCUGUCUGCAUGAAGGUUAUGCCGUAGGUUUGAGUUGGGAAAGCAGUGCACUUUAUUGUUUGUUGGGACCUCAUUCAAAUUCUCCUGGGUUUUAUUACAUUUUAACUCCCUGGCUCAGACUCUGCUGUACUUGUGAGCACACACUGUUUGAAUCAUGACUGAUAAUGGCAAGAGCCUUUCAUUUAUUAAACUUCGAAAGCCUAGAACUUCUUUUUAAAGUGGCUUGUUUAUGCAAAAUUCCACAAGUGGAAUGCCCAAAGAUGUCUUACUCAAUAAAAGUAUACUAAUUUAA